ACAAAAAUGGCGGCUCUUCUUCCUCGCGACAAAAAUGGCGGCUCCUUUAACCCUACUGCUGAUAGUAGCUGUUACAAUAAGAGCCGUUUUAUUCCGAUCCAGUUUGGCAGAAAUAAUUUCAGAGAGGGUCGAGGUGGUGUCCCCUUUGAAUGCUUGGAAACGAGUUGUAGAGGGUCUUGCCUUGUUGGAUCUGGGGGUCUCGCCUUACUCAGGAGAUGUGUUUCAUGAAACACCCUUUAUGAUAUACCUCUUUCAUUUUACGGUUGACUAUGCAGAGAUUGUUUUUAUGAUAGCAGAUGGAAUCACAGCGGUGGCUCUUUAUCUUUCAGUUCAGAUCUAUAACAAGGAUGUGUUUAGAAAACAGAAAUAUGCCUUGGAAUCGGACCGGUAUCCUGCCGACUGUUUGGAGCUCCUCCGCUCUCCGAAGGAAAUGUUUUAUAUCCCCCUCAAGGUUGCCAUGUUUUAUUUGUUAAACCCCUUCACCAUCCUGUCUUGUGUGGCAAAGUCAACUUGUGGGCUGAACAAUGCCAUUAUUGCUCUCUUCAUUUUCUGUACAUUAAAAGGCAGUGCCUUGUUGAGUGGGAUAUUGCUGGCCUUGGCUACAUAUCAAUCCAUCUAUCCUCUGACCCUGUUUGCUCCUGCACUCCUGUUCUUCCUGCAGAGGUUAUAUAUCCCAGUGAACCCGAGGAGGAGCAGUUUCUGGUUCUUCACUCUUCAGUAUGCGUUCAUAUAUGUGGGCAGUCUGGUGGUGAUCACUGGACUCUCUUUCUUCCUCCUGGGCUCCUGGGACUUCAUGCCUUCUGUCUAUGGAUUCAUAUUAUCUGUCCCUGACCUGACUCCAAACAUCGGACUCUUCUGGUACUUCUUUGCAGAGAUGUUUGAGCAUUUCCGUCUCUUCUUCAGCUGCGUCUUUCAGAUCAAUGUCUUUUUUUACACCAUCCCGCUCUCCAUCAAACUCAAGGAGCAUCCAGUGUUCCUCAUCUUCAUGCAGAUUGCCAUCAUCUCCAUCUUUAAGUCGUACCCUACUGUGGGAGAUGUCGCCCUCUACAUGGCAUUUUUGCCAGCCUGGAGUCACCUUUACCGAUUUUUGAGGAACAUCUUUCUGGUGUCGUGCGUGCUGUUGGCAUGCUCCGCUCUCUUUCCUGUGCUCUGGCAUCUCUGGAUUUACGCUGGCAGUGCCAACUCUAAUUUCUACUACGCCAUCACAUUGCUCUUCAACUUUGGACAGAUCCUCCUGGUUUCAGAUUAUUUCUACGCCUACCUGCGUCGAGAACAUCACCUGACACACGGCCUCUAUCUACAGAAGAAAGAUGGCACUGAAGCCACUCUAGUGUUAAAGUGACCUUCUUUCAUAAGACUUGGAGACCUCACCGACUGCCUCACACCCGAUAUCUUUGCUUUUUCAAUUUCCAUUCACACUACAUUUUUUUUUUCCUCUCACCUCCGUUUGCCUCCCCUUUGCUUUUUCCCCAUUACUUUCAGCAUUUUACCUCAUGUUUGAAUGUUGACACCACCUUUUGGAUCAAAGCUGUUUUGUACAAGACUUUUUGAUAAUGGGAGCCGAAGUAUCUGAGUGCUACAGAACUUAACUAUUUUGGCUCCCAUGAGAUGGCUACAAAGUUAUUUUCACUUUUGUUUCACUUGUCUUUCAUUGUUUCGAAAGAUUUGCCUUCUUUAUUAAACUCCAUUCCAAAAGUGAGGUUGUUUGGCUGGACUUGCAGUUUGAAGUCAUGGUCAGCAGAGGGCGUAACACGAAUGUGGAGACUUCAAGUUGAAGACCCCUCAGCGCCUUUGUGGAUAUUUUACCUGAGAGUAUGAUAUGAAGAGAUGGUUAUCUUCAAAUGUUCUCUGAAUGCUUUACUUGGUUAUUGUUUUUUGUUUUUUUACCUAUUAAUAAUGCAAGAGGAUUAAAGGUUGGUAAAAUAUUCACAUUUGAUACUAAGUUUGAUUGUUUGUUUUAUGUUCUUAAAAAAUUAGGGAUUAAACUGCACUGCAAUUUUAUUCAUUUUAAAAUUGGCCCUGAUUUGAAUUUGGUUUAUUGUUCUGUUUUAUGAUUUCUUUGGCAUUAGGAAUUUACCGUCUGGAUUUCCUUUGAUCUGUCCUUUUGAUCUAGCACCUGGGCACGUGAACCGAACUAUUGCACACCUGUAUAACCCGUCACUCUUGUGGUUCAACCAUCCUUCUAGAUCUUAGAUGGUGGAAUUUUCCAUUGCCUGUAUCGAUUCUAGACUUUUCUAAUACUCGGCCCUUUGGUCAGGUAGGAAGACGCAAACAUCCGGGUGGCUUUGAUAAUCAGGUCAGUGGUUUCAAAGUCUAGUGUGUGGAAGUCAUCUCUAAAGUCAUAAAGAUGUAGAUGUAGAACAUAUGCUUGCCAUUUCAUUUCUACAUGCACUGGCAUGGCUUAUCGCACCUUAUGUUGACCUUAAAUGACAUUUAUAACGCAAAUGGAUUUCCUAAAACAAAUAAAUGAAUUAGGUUUAAAAUGUAAAAAGACUUGUUUUCACAAAAUACAUUUUCAAUUAGCUUCUCUUCCCACAUUGGCUAUUUUUUUUUAUGCUUAAUAUUAAACAUCAGUAAUGUAAAAAAAAGCAUGUUUUAUAUUAAGUAUAAUUUUAAAGGAAAUUUAAUUUGUUUUGACACUAAGAUAUUGUUACUGGACAACAAGUCAGAAAUACUGAUUCAGACAAGUUUUUGUGAAGUAUAAUACACAGCAUUUCGAUUGAAACUUCUGACUUUGAUCAUAUUGAGCAGUUGUUGUACUUGCAAGUACCAUUUUCAUUUUUUCAGUCCUCAUGGGAAUUAUUUAUUGUGUUCUUUUGAAUUCAUUUUUCUACUCUAUUUUACUUUAGUUGAACAACAGACUAAAGUUCAUAAAUGUGCUUUUUUGAUACCAAGUAAGAAACAUUUGAAUGGCCAGCGAAAUGUGAACAUGUCUGUGGUUGGCACAAUUAAGGGCUUCUCUCCUGCUCGCUUCAGGGAAUCUUUAUCUUAAAUGAAAUUUGAAAAACUUCAAUGUGUUUUCAGGAGUUUUUAUUUUGAAUGCCUGCCAGCGGUUCAGAAAUGUGCACACUGAAGUAUUACACAUUACAAACCUUCAUUUCACAUUACUCGUGAAAGUUUGACUCGUUUUGGAUGUCAUAACACUGAUUUGAAAUCAUCUGUAAAUGAUAUGGGCAUUAAAAUGUCAAUAAAGAUUAUUUCUCAGUUGUGUUA